AUGAGCAUACACUGGUGGUCCUCCCUGAUCCUGCUGUCUAUGCUGGUGGCUCUGGCAGACAACACGGACCCAGACAAGAACAAGGUGAAGGCGUUGAGGAAAAUAAAUCUCAAGAACUCCUCAAACUCCAAUGUCAAGCAGUGUCUGUGGUUUGCCAUGAAAGAGUACAACAAAGAGAGCGAGGACAAGUACGUCUUCCAGGUGGUCAAGAUACUGCAAGUUCAGCUGCAGGUCACAGACUGUAUGGAAUAUUUUAUCGACGUCGAAAUUGCCCGCAGCAAUUGCAGAAAGCCUUUAAACCACAGUGAAAGCUGUGUCGUUCAGGAAAACUCCAAGCUGGAAAAGAAAACAGUUUGCAGUUUUGUGGUAGGAGCGCUGCCCUGGAAUGGUGAUUUCACUGUGAUGAAGAAACAAUGUGCAGAUGACUAA